GUGGCAAUGGAGCUGAGUAAUGUCACCUAGAACAACAAGGACCAGAAGAUCUGAAGAGCAAUGAGAAAAUGUAUCUCCUUUUAAUCUUUGCUUUAACUUUUACGCUUUCUACACAGCUGAAAAAUGAAGAUAGAAUGUUGGAAAGAAUGUUGGGUUCAAUGGGUGAGGAAGGUCUAGCACAGUUAAUGAAUUCUCUGGAGGAAAAAAAACUUGACAGAUUAAUGGAUUGUUUAGAAAUGGAGUGUAAAGAUGAAGAAUUUGUGGAAAUAAUGCCUAGGGUAUUAGAAAUUAUUAAGGGAAUUAAUGGCGGAAAAGCGGGAUGUUCAUUGAUUAAAACCUUCAUCAAAUUUGGUUAUAUGUACAAUUUGGUAACGGAACUGCGUGAGGAAGACAUGAUAAAAAUAAUUAAUGAGUUGACUGAAAAACACUUGCAAACAUUAAUUAAUAUGAGUAAAGGCAAAGUUACCAUGACUGAAUUAGUGGUACUUGCAAAAAAGUUAUUACCUAUUAUUGAGAAUGCUCAGCAUGGCACAGAGGUGACUAAACUAAUUGAGACACUCAAAAAUGCUCUACAACUACAGCAAAAUUCAGUUAAUAGGAGAAGGAGUGGAAGACGGUCGAAUAACCAGGGGAGUUCAGGAGGUCUCAGAAGUGGUGGUCAAGGGGACACAAAUGCUGCGAAUGGAGGUAGAAUGUCAGGCACGCAAGGUGGAGGUGGAACGCAGUGAGGCCGAAAUGGGAAAUGAUGGAAAGAAGGAUGGAAAUAGCUGAAUAUGCUGGAAAGGUCCAGCAGCUUUCUACAUGUUUGCAAUAUGAAGAAGAUUGCUCUGCUCAAGGACAUCCAAUGAUCCAGUCUGCUCGCUUGAUGGUGAUGGGGGCAGUAGAUACAGCCUAUGGCUUGAUUUUGUUUCCUGUAGCAGAAUAGUUUGCUCUCCUUGGUGUGGGGAAAACCUUUGUGAAAAUAAAAAAAAUAAAAAAUAAAUCCCAAGUGCACAAACA